GGGGCAGGAAGGAAGGAUAAGUGACUUUCAACAUGCUUCGGCAAGCGUUUCAGAAUUUUACUGCUUUAGUUACAAAAUCACUCAGAUCUACAGAUCUGGUUUCCAAUGCAUCGCAAAGACCUUUUUCUGUGUCUAGCGUUCGUAACAUAAAAGAGAUAAUUCAAACAACUAAAGAAAAUGUCACAACAAUUGAAGGAGUGACUGUACAGUCAGAGAGAGCACCGUAUGUUGCCAAGAACACAGAUGGAGGCUGCACUCUAUGCAAAAUUCAUUCUCACCUUAAAUACACUGAUGUCUUGAUUUUAAGUCAGUUCUUGCGGCCAGAUGGCUGCCUCUUACCUCGUAGUGUCACUGGUGUGUGUCAAAGCAAACAGAGGAAGCUGGCCAUGCUUGUCAGGAAGGCACAACAAGCUGGUCUUUUACCACAGUUGCGGCCUGAGCUGUCAAAUGGACGAGUGCGAACAGGACAUAAAUCCAAUUACAAAUGGAAACGUUACAAUGUGUAUUUCAAAGACUAACCCAAUUCAUAUCUGAGAAGACUGUCAAAUGCAUUUCUAAGUAACAAUGAUUAAACCAUUUUGAUGUGA